AUGGCUGGUAAGGGUAAAGGAAAGAAAAAGGAAAAGAAGGACAAAGAAGAGAGUGGAGAUAAGAAGAAAUCGAAGAAGGGCGGUGGUAGAGCAAAGAAGGGAAAAGCUAAAGGAAGAUGCAACGUCGACAUGCUAACAGAUUCAGCGAUGGAUAACGUUUAUUACGCUUGUCAUAACGUUCAAGAAUUAUUACAAGCAAGAGGAUUCCAUCCACCGGAUUUUAAUAAGAAAAAGAAGAAAGGAAAACGUUGA